AUGUGUUUCCACCUUCCUCCAGCAGGGACAGCACUGAUAACCCAGGGGCCUUCCAAAGUGCAGGACACAGCAGUCUGCCGUGGGAAACUCGGCCAGGAGCCCAGAUACGGACACCGCGGCCACUCUGGCUCGUGUUCCUGCCCGUUUGCUCUGCCCUGGACCAGGCCAGUUCCCACAGGGCAGCGGGCCGAGCCCUCCGCCCGCCCAGACUCCUCCCAGCUCCUGCGGUCCGGCCGCUCCUCGGACCCGAGGUCCCAGCUCCCAGGGCCGCAGGAAGCUGCGUCCAGAGCACCGACAUCCGCGCUGAAACGUCGGAUCCUCUUCGGGUCCUGGGGACUCCACGGCCACCCCGCGGUCCAGACCGCCCCAGCCGGCACUCGCGUCCAGGGGAUCCAACUGCCUCUUCUGUCCUCCGCAGAUCAUCUCCUACAAGCUCAGGGGAGGCACUCAUGUGUGCUGUCGGGCUCAAGCCCCACUGUUUGUUGGCUGGAGAGACUCCUUGAGGGUACUCAGGAUCAUCCACUUGGAGCGCUAUACACUUGUAGGAUCAACAGUAAAGGCUUCUCAGUAGCUGUCUGGAAGCUGAUACCACUGGAGCACCGGCUGUUGAGUAGACUUAUCUAUCACCAGCUCCAGCCCACCUACCAUGAGGCCUUCUCCAGCUGCAAGCGUGUCAGUACCCUGCUGUUUUGGCCUGGUUCUGCAGAAAUUCAAGCCUCCCUAGUGUUUGGUCGGCCAAGUCCUUCAGCCCUCGAAACUCUCUGGACUUUGUACCACAAAGUGAAGGCCUCCAGAUGGUUGCUUGGGCACCUGCCCCUGGCUGAGAAUAGCCUUUCCUCUGAUGGGUCCAGUUUGACUGACCUUGCCCUGGAGACCAUCAGCAUCAGCUUCACUCUCACGAUGCCCUUCCUGCCCCAGCUGCUUCUACCUAGUUCUCGACCUUUUUUCCUUUUGGAAAAGCAAAUCUUCCAACUGAUCACCCCUGAAGUGUCAAGAUUCUAAAAGGCAGACCCCCAGGACAGGCCCCUGUUCCUCUUCAGAAACAUGAACCAGUGGGUGAGCAUUUAUAUGGAAUACAAGUUCCAGAGCCCCAUCCCCACCCACUUCCAAGGCCUGGCCAAUCACCUUGCCCAUGAAAUAACAGAUCCUACGCUCCAGAAAUCCAGCAUAGUGGCUAAUGGGGAGAAAGCAGAGCUAGCAUUAUACAAGAUGUGGUUCCUGAUCCUGGGUCACCCUAUCACUGUGGCCUUGGAGAAGAGAACUAGACCCGAGUCCCAGAAGCUUCGAGGACAGCUGACAAAAUGGGUACCCUGUGUGCUGCUCCCUACUUCACCAAGAAGCAAACUCCAUAUCUCUCCUUGGUCAUAUCACCUCAGUUCACCAGGGGCUUCCAAACAGCGUCUCAACCAUGGGAAGUGAAGCUCCUGGAGUCCAGAACACAGAAGGCAAGGCCCCAGCCCAGGGCCGCAGAGCCUUAAAGAUUGGACUCUAAGCUCCCACCUCACCCCAUUCCCAUGCUGCAUAAAACUGGGGAAAACACUCUCCCAUUUCCACGGCCAUGAAGGCUGGCCCUGUGUGGGGCUUCACAUUCUCUCAACUCACACCUUUCCAAGGAGGGAGGCAGCAGUUUCCUUCCUAGAUAAGGCAUAGGCCCAUGGGCUCCCUACAAGCUACACAGUUGGACCAGGACAGAAGGAGGAGUCAGGCCCUAUGGUGGGUUCUUACUACCACCCUCUUUCCACAAGACUGGGUAUCACGCUGGGGAAGAUGAGAGAACAAGAGCCAGUUUGCACACACAGAGCAUGUAGGGCGAGAGCCACAGAGAGUGUCCUAUCUAGUACAUACGUGUCUACCAAGACCCCUGAGGUGGGGCCAUUCAAGACAGACCCCAGUGACUUCCUAGUGCUCCCAGGAACAGAGUAGAGGGAACAGCAGCCCGUAAGCUUCCCUAGUGCUUGUGAAAACAUCUCCAACCUCAGAAGGGGGCCAGAGUCUCAUCCAUGAAGGAACAGCAAGGGACAGGGCUGGGCCUCUGGAUUUAAGGCAGUCAUCUCUAAAAGAUGCUUAACUGUGGGCCUUCCAGUGUGUCCAAGUGAGAAAUAGUCAAAAGUUAGCAUGAGAAGUUGUUUUCAGUUCAAGACAUUAGCUUACACAGGCAUCAGUGGGACGUGGGAGGGAACCCACAGGAGGUGCCCAGCUCUGAAGACUGACACAGGGCUGAUUAGCACCAGUCUAGAGGGUGAGGCUGCCACACAGUGACUCAGCCACUUAGAGUGUGGACUCGGCCAGGCUCCAAGGAUAACCACUCUGGUCAGAGAGGUCUUAGAUCAAGGACGACCCAAAAGCCCCUUAACCGGUCUGGGAUUGAGGCUAUGAAAGGGAGGCAGGUUACAAAUUUCUGUGAAACAGUAAGGCAGGCAAGGCCUUAAACCCAGAACAUGAGAAGGGUGGGACUCUGGUGUAUUGUGGAGUGGGCUUUGAUCAUUUUGUCAGAAAAAUCAGACCGGGUACCUUAUAAGACCAUUUGGUGAACUUUACAUUUUCUUCGUUUCACAUUUUUAUCAGUAGUUAGACACGGUGAGUGGAAAGCAUCACAGAGCUUCAAGAUAUUACAGAGUGAGCUGGGCAUGGCAAUGCAUGCCUUUAA